AUGGGGCCAGUUGCAUUGCGAGGAGGCCUGGGAUGGAGGGGCCUACUUCUAGCAGUGGCUUCACUGGCUGCGCCGGCUGAUCAGGUUGCGAACUCCGGCUUCUGGGAUGCGGUGUACGCCGAAAGUGCGCGCGCCGGCGUGCAGGACUUCAACGCGUCCUGGCAGGGCCUCACGGCGAGCAAGCUGCUUGAAGUGCUUGACGGGCGUCUCGAGCUCCGAAAGGAGCUCCGCCUUGUCGUCUUCGGAGCCGGCGAUACGUCGCUCUGCCAGGAGCUCGUGGAGAGGGGUCUCGCGGCGGUCACUGCAGUGGACUUCAGCUCCACAUUGUCGCAGCAGAGGCCGCAAUUGCACGCUGUGCGAUGGCUGGUCGAGGAUGUUCGAAAGCAGACGUCCCUCGAGGCCUCCUCGUUCGACGCCGUGCUCGAGCUCGGUACGUUAGACACAGCCGCUGCUGCAGCCGGGGACGGGGCGCCGGGCCUCAUCCGCGAGGCUAGGAGGCUCCUCCGCGCCGGAGGACUCUUCAUCUCGGCGUCCAUGGCUCCGCCAGAGUUUCGGCUGCCGCUCCUGGCCGAGCAUCCCGCUGGAGGUUGGGCCGACGACGCAGAGGUCCUCAGGCUUCCGCGUCUUCUUGAGCUCGACCCGAGGGUGAAGGACUUGGAUCCAAGUUGGGAGGUUCAAAACAUCUUCAUCUACGUCGGCAAAGCUGCUGGUGAGGUGGAAACUGGGAGGAGUGAAAGCGGUGAGGAGCCUCAACCGUCUCCCGAAUCCGCAGCAGCCCAGCCAACGGAGCAGGAAGAGAUCGAGACCACCACCACCACCACCACCACCACCACCACCACCACCACCACCACCACCACCACCACCACCACCACCACCACCACCACCACCACCACCACCACGACUACCACAACUGGUGCUCCAACAACCACGCCGACCCCAACGACCACGACCCCUGAACCCACGACAACCCCGGCCCCUCCAACAACUCCGCCGCCGGAGCCUGCACAGCCUGUGCCUGCGCCGCCUGCGCCACCGGUGCCCGCUCCGGAACCCCAGCCACCCGCUCCUCCUCCAGAUCCCGUGCCCGAGCCGGCACCCGAACCCAGCCAAGCAGAAGACCAAGAGCGCCAGCCACAGGAAGCGAUUGAAACACCACCUGCUCCACCUCACCCUCUCCCACCAGCCCCUCCAGCACCCCCGGUACCCCCAACAUCUCCAGAAUCCCCAGCACCGCCAGCACCACCGGCACCACCAGCACCGCCAGCGCCACCAGCGCCGCCCGCACCGCCGGCGCCGGCGAAGGCCGAGGACGCUUUUGCCGCGAGCAUCCGCCGACUGCAGGAGCAGGCAGAGGCCUUGAAAGCGGCAGCAGAGGCGUCAAGGUAA